CACACGCGUCGUACUUGCCAGUUGCCACCUGGCCAAUUAGGGCAGGGGCACCGCGCCGCCGCCGUCCGUCGCCGCUCGCCCGGCCACCCACAACCGCGCUCUUCACCGUCUCCAUCAAAGCUCUUCCUCGACGCCCAACCCGUCCCAUACCCAUGGCCGCCGCCGAUCGUGUCCUCCAAUUUCUCCGCGGGCCAACAGGCUCUCCGGCCGCCGCUGCCCCCGCCCGCGUGGCUCGCCGGGGUCUUCCACAGACGCGUCAUCAACUCCACUUCCGGCAGGCUCCUGCGGGGACGCGGCGCGCGUCCGUGUCCUGCCGCAGCUCGUGCACCAGCAGCGGCUCUGGCGAGGAGGAGAGACUGACGUAUAAGGAUGCCGGCGUGGACGUCGACGCCGGCAACGAGCUUGUGCGCCGUAUCGCCAGGAUGACACCCUGGAUUGGCGGCUUCAGCGGUCUCUUCCCCUUUGGGAAGUACUACCUUGCUGCUAGCACUGACGGAGUGGGGACAAAGCUGAAGCUUGCUUUCGAAACUGGUAUUCAUGAUACAGUAGGCAUUGACCUGGUAGCAAUGUGCGUCAAUGACAUCAUAACUUCAGGUGCAAAACCGCUGUUCUUCCUAGAUUACUAUGCAACGAGUAAACUUGAUGUUGAUGUUGCAGAGAAGGUUAUCAAGGGGAUUAAGGUUGGGUGCCAACAAUCAGGUUGUCCUAAAAACAACAAAAAACAAAAAAAGCUACCAGAUUUUGCUCUCCUAGGAGGGGAGACAGCAGAAAUGCCUGGUUUCUAUGCAAAGGAUGAAUAUGAUGUAUGUGGUUUUGCUUUGGGUAUUGUGGAAAAGGAUAAACUCAUUGAUGGAAAAAACAUUGUUAAGGGAGAUGUCCUUAUAGGUCUUCCUUCCAGCGGGGUUCAUUCUAAUGGAUUCUCUCUUGUUAGAAGAGUACUGGAGAAAAGUGGAUUUUCCUUGAGUGAUCAGCUCCCAAGAAAUGAUGGCAUAACAACUACUGUUGGUGAAGCUCUAUUGGCUCCAACUGUUAUCUAUGUUAAGCAGGUGCUUGAGAUUAUUAGCAAGGGUGGUGUGAAAGGACUAGCCCACAUUACUGGUGGUGGCUUUACUGAAAAUAUUCCAAGAGUGUUUCCUUCUGGACUAGGGGCAAAAAUUUUUACUGGGUCAUGGGAAGUGCCUCCUGUCUUCAGCUGGCUUCAACAGGUUGGAAAUAUUGAUGAUGCAGAGAUGCGACGAACGUUCAAUAUGGGCAUCGGAAUGGUUCUUGUUGUAGGAAGAGAGUCUGCAGACAGAAUUAUUGAAGACACCCGUGGAGCAAAUCCUGCGUAUCGCAUUGGAGAGGUGAUCCAGGGUAAGGGGGUUCAGUAUGUCUGACCCUUUAUUUAUGCCUUGGCUGCUUGCUCGUAGUGGCUUUGAGACUUUGGUGCGCAAAGCAGCCCAGUUUCUCCUGUAACAACAAAAUAUGAGAUUUGAGUGGUUCCACGGGACUUGCCUGUAAAUGGCUGAUACUUUUAUUUGUUAUUUGGAUCAAAAUUACUAGCCAUUAAUAACAAUUGCCAUAUCAGA